AUGUCCCAACGCAGGCGCUAUACAUCUCGUACCGACGAAGAGAUUCGCAAAGAGAUGGAUCCCGGACACGUUCCAUAUCGUAUGGGCUGGCCGACACUUGCACCUCUGCCGAUGGACACCGACAUAGAUGCGAGAUGGAUGAUACCAGGCUCAUAUCAGAUACUGCAUGAUGUGCAAGACAUUCUGAUAGCACAUGGCUUGCUACGUGGGACUACCGCGUUCCACUUUGCGUUCCGAGUUCCUCGGGAUGCUACUGAGGAGAACGACAAUAUUGCGCAUUUGACGCUCUUCAUACGGGUCGACAUGUUGAAGCACGCUCAUCAGGACAUUGAAGAUGCUAUCAUCAAGAUCAGAGCUAGCUUCCGCGAUAAUUCCUGGACUGAGGAUAUCCAAAUCGAGUGUAUAGACUAUCGAGCAAGGCACUCCUCCGGCAUGAUGUCUUUCCCUAUCCGCCAUGAUGAGUAUGACAUACACCAGCAAUGGGAAGCUAUAUCUCCAGAUGUUUUGUCUUUGCUGAGCAAGCAUGAAUGGCUCUCAGUGGAGAUUCUGCAUCGAGGAUUGAUCGACGAGCGCCAGGAAUGUUCACCAACAAUUGUCAUCACCACACCGACUGCGCGCAAUCCCAAAUGGUUCGACAUUGUGGUGCCUUCGAUGAUGGCUGAGAUUGCCAAGAGAGCUCCCGAAUUCGGCAUCGAAAUACUGUGUGGGAAGACGAUGCUGGGAACAAAGAGGCGAAAUAGCUUGACCGACAGCGUCAACGGCUCAUCCUACGCCAAAAUAGCCGAUAUGGGAUCCUCUCUUGGAAUUUCGGGUGAUGAGAAAGGUUGCAGUACUUUGGGUGGAUCUGUGACCCUGUCCGGCGGCAUUCGAUGCGGAUUAACGAGCUGGCACGGCGUCCGCGAUGCACGCCUUGACAGCAUCAUCUCCAACAUAGCCAACAAGGCUCUAGGUGUCGAUGACAAGACUCUAGCCGACACGCCUCAAGCCAUGGUAUCUCCAGCGACGCUCGACCAUCACGGCUACCUCGAAAUGCUGCAAAAUCAUAUCACACUUUAUCAUACUUACGCUGCUAACGGAGAUGCGAAAUGCAAGAUGUUGCACGAAGAGAAGAGUGAAGAGCAUAAGAAAUGCGAAAGCUUCGACCGGCGUAUUGGCUACGUUUACGCAGGCUCAGACCGUCGAACUGUCAAGGCCAACAAGUACGCAUCGGAUCCGGACACUGGCCGAUCCAAAGAGAAGAUGAAGGCGACGGAACCUACGCUCGUCUUCCCACUCGACUGGGCGUUAAUUCGUAUGGACGAUACGACAAAACGCGACGUUACCAACAGACUACCUGAUGUUUACUCUAACAAGACGAUACUUGUCCCAACACAGCAGUGCAGGCAAUGGUCAACCUUCAAUGCCAACAAAGAAGAAGUGCACGUUGCCAAAUACGGGCGCACGAGUGGCUGGACGGCCGGCACCAUCAACGCCUGCAUGAUCAUCAUCAACCCUGAUGCAGACGAUGAGAUCUCGGGUGAUAAUGGCAUAGAUGCGAAAAAUGUGGCUGCAUGUUUUGGCGUGGUUAGCAGUGACGAGAGGAGGGACUUCUGCGAGUUUGGUGACAAUGGCAGUGUAGUAUUGCACGAGGGAUCAGGCACACAGCUCGGUCUGCUCUUUGGAGUGACUAGUACUGGACAAGGAAUGUUUCUUCCUAUGGACGUCGUGUUUGAGGAUAUUAAGAGGGUCACUGGUAAAAAUGUUGUCAACCCGUCUUAUGUCGCUCCGCAGGCUGUGAGACUUGCUCCGCGCGAUCUAACUUAA